AUGUUGGUUCUGAUGUCCUCAAUUUUCGAUGGUCCACGUAUAACAGCUGCAUUGAUGAAGUGGGAUCGCGCGAUUUUGGGUCAUCAAGCAGGUCAUAUUUUGAACUUCUCGCAUGGAAUUGGCUUUGGUUGGGUGUCGCCGACUGUGCAAAUCUUACAAACCCCUGAGACGCCUUUCGAAGCACCUAUAACCGUCGAACAGGUUUCUUGGAUCGGUUCGACAUUCGCUUUUGGAUUUUUGUGUGGAAAUAUUAUUUUUGGCUUAACCGUAAAUCGCUUAGCCCGCAAAUACAAUAUGUACCUAACGGCUUUUCCACAUAUGCUCUUUUGGAUAUUGAACUAUUUUGCACAGAGUGUUGAGUAUCUAUAUGUGGGUCGUUUCUUUGCAGGACUCACCAGUGGUGGAUUGUUUGUGAUAACGCCAAUAUUUCUAAGUGAAAUAUUAGAUGUAGAUAUUCGCGGUGCUCUCAUGUCCAUGGGCAUGAUGUUUGUCAGCUGUGGUGUUUUGGUUGGUUUCAUAUUGCCCACAAAAGUCAACUAUUACGUAACACCCUGUAUCGCCGUAGUGUUUCCAAUAUUUUAUCUACUAGCAUUGUAUUUCUUUCCGGACACGCCACACAGCUUAUUGAAACGCAAACGUUUGGCUGAAGCAGAGGAGGCUUUUAAUUUUUACAAAGGCAUCGACUGCCACAGCGUUCAAAAAUCCAAUGCAGACAUGGAGCAAACUAAGGAAGCUUCAGGCGCGCAAAGUGAAUUUGAGGAAUGGAAAGCGAUAUUCUUGAAUGGGAGCUCGAGUCAGCGCGUAAGGCUGCAUGAUUUCUGUGAGUUUGAAAGGUCAGCUAUCAAGGCAUUUGCUGACACCUUUGUGCUGUGCAUUUUAUAUCAAUUCUCGGGUUGUUUCGUCUUUAUCAACUACAUGACUUCAAUUCUUGCGGAAUCUGGUUCGACGAUGGAUCCAUACGCCAUCACUCCCAUUGUUGGCGCAUCACAUAUACUUGGCACUUUCUGUGCCACCAUAUUGGUGGAGCGAUUUGGUCGCCGUACGCUGCUAUUCUCCUCUAUAAUUGGCUUGGUUGUGGGCAUGUAUGGCCUAGGCGCAUUUGUACAAUUCACAGAUGCUGCGACGAAGGCGAAGUUUGAUUGGAUACCGCUCGCUUUUAUGAUCGAAGUGGUCUUUAUGUCGGCUUAUGGACUAUUUGCAAAUUUCUUUACCAUAACGGUUGAAAUUUUGCCAGCAAAGAUCCGUUCUCAGGCCUUAUCGAUUUCAAUGUGUUUGGUCAGCAUAUUGGCAUUCGUCGUUCUGAAGGUCUAUCCAUACUUUUUAUUCGAUUUGGGCAUAACUGUUACAAUGUAUACUUCAGCGACUAUAUGCGUGAUUACUACCAUAUAUUUGUAUGCCUUUUUGGCGGAAACCAAAGGAAAAUCAAUGGAUAAAGAUUAAGAAACUAAUGUCAAAAGCCAUAUCAUCUGUAUACUCAA